AUGAAACCCUCUCUAGCUCUUCUUGUUCUUGUUCUUCUCCUCUUUUAUCAAGAUCACUCUUCUCCAAACCUAAACUCGAACGGUCUCUCCUACUUUGUCGUCGAUGCUACGUCUCUCGGCUCCUCUCCUUCACCGUCUCUGUCCAUGGAAUUCAGCAUUUCUGCGUCAAAUUUCACAUUAGUUUCGACCUCUCAAAAGGUAUGUAUGUUGUGCGUUUCUAUGAAACCCUCUCUAGCUCUUCUUGUUCUUGUUCUUCUCCUCUUUUAUCAAGAUCACUCUUCUCCAAACCUAAACUCGAACGGUCUCUCCUACUUUGUCGUCGAUGCUACGUCUCUCGGCUCCUCUCCUUCACCGUCUCUGUCCAUGGAAUUCAGCAUUUCUGCGUCAAAUUUCACAUUAGUUUCGACCUCUCAAAAGAAAGAAAAGAAGAGAAGUAGAAUAGACGAAGAUUUGGCGAAAUCAAGAGCGGCCAUACGUGAAGCCGUGAGGUCGAAGAAGUAUGUAUCGGAGAAGGAAGAAACUUUUGUUCCUCGUGGAGCCGUUUACAGAAACGCUUAUGCAUUUCAUCAAAGCCAAAUAGAGAUGGAGAAGAAAUUCAAAGUGUGGGUGUACCGAGAAGGAGAGACACCGUUAGUACACACUGGACCAGUCAACAACAUAUACAGCAUUGAAGGCCAGUUCAUGGACGAGAUCGAGAGAGGUAUGAGCCCAUUCGCUGCUAGCCACCCCAAUGAGGCACAUGCCUUCCUCCUCCCGGUCAGCAUCGCCAACGUCGUUCAUUACCUUUACCGGCCGCUUGUGACCUACUCGAGAGACCAACUUCACAAUGUUUUUCUUGACUAUGUCAAUGUCGUGGCUCACAAGUAUCCUUAUUGGAAUAGAAGUCUCGGCGCUGACCAUUUCUACGUUUCUUGUCAUGAUUGGGCACCAGACGUCUCGGGAGCGAACCCUAAGCUGCUGAAAAACAUGAUAAGAGUUCUCUGCAACGCCAACACAUCAGAAGGUUUCAUGCCCCAACGAGACGUCUCAAUCCCUGAGAUCAACAUCCCUCCAGGCCACUUAGGCCCCCCUCGCAUAUCACGCGCGUCAGGCCGUGACCGAACCAUCCUUGCUUUCUUCGCAGGCGGAUCACACGGACAUAUCCGCAAGAUUCUACUGCAGCAUUGGAAAGACAAAGACGAAGAGGUCCAAGUCCACGAGUACUUACCACACAACAAAGACUACUUCAAGCUCAUGGCCAAAGCAAGGUUCUGUUUGUGCCCUAGUGGCUACGAAGUCGCUAGCCCUCGAGUCGUUGCUUCCAUUAACUUAGGUUGCGUCCCUGUCAUCAUCUCUGAUCACUACGAAUUACCCUUCUCGGACGUUCUUGACUGGAGUAAGUUCACUAUCCAUAUUCCGUCUGAAAAGAUCCCGGAGGUCAAAACGAUUCUAAAGAGCAUUUCUUGGAGACGCUACAUGGUCUUGCAGCGAAGGGUUUUGCUGGUCCAGAGACAUUUCGUGCUCAAUAGACCCUCGCAGCCUUUUGACAUGCUUCGAAUGCUUCUUCACUCCGUUUGGCUGAGAAGGCUAAACCUGAGGUUGCCUUUAUGA